AUGGCAGCUGUUGUAGUCAUCUCUGACACCAUUGUUCGACCAGAGACCUCCGAGGAUGGAUCUGAACGGGUUAAGACGAUCCAUCUCACUCCAUGGGAUCUCUUCUUUCUUCGAACUGAAUACUCUCAAAGAGCUCUUAUCUUUCCCAAACCCGACCAAGAAACCCACAUCAUCUCUCAACUGAAGUCUUCUCUUUCCGUAGCGUUGAAGAUUUUCUACCCAUUCGCUGGACGUCUAGUCAAGAACCACAACCAAGACGACGAAACGGCGUCGUUUUUCGUAGAUUGCGAUGGUGGUUCAGGUGUCAAAUUCGUGCAUGCAGCUGCUAAAACUGUCUCGGUGAGUGAUGUUUUAGAGCCAGGCUAUGAAUACUGGAGUGAGUUUUUUCCAAGUAACGGAGUUGAAAGCUGGCAAGGGGUCUCGGAGCCGUUACUUGCGUUCCAAGUAACGGAGUUAAAAGAUGGAGUUUUCAUCGGAUAUGGCGUUAACCAUUUGGUUGCUGACGGUGCUUCCUUCUGGAGUUUCUUCAAAACAUGGACGGAGAUUUGUUCUACCGGUUUUGACCGGAAAACAAUGCCUCCUUUGUCUCUCCGUCCGUGGUUUCUCGACGGGGUUGAUUACCCGAUUCAACUUCCGAUCUCGUUGACAGCUUCAUCACCUGUUGGGGGUGUUGUUUCUUCUCUACAAAAGAAGAUAUUUCGCUUCACGAGUAGAGACAUCUCUGAGCUUAAAGCUCAAGCCAACGGAGAGGUUUUUUGUUCCGAUGAGGAUCGAAAAAUCUCUUCGUUUCAAGCCGUGUUGGCGCAUAUGUGGCGGUCAAUAAUCAGAAACAGUGGUCUCAAUCCGGAAGAGGUGAUUCAUUGCAAGUUGGCGAUGGAUAUGAGACAGAGAGUAAACCCUCCGAUGGAUAAAGAAUGUUUUGGGAACAUGGUUGGACUAGUGACGGCCACCACAACGGCCGGGGAAAUGCUUAACAAUGAACUCGGUUGGGCUGCUUUGCAACUUAACAAAACUGUGAGGUCACAAACGAAUGAAGAAUUCAAACGGGUUUGUGAGAAUUGGGUUAAAAACCCGGAAAUACCUAAUGGUUUGGUGGUGAAUAAUUCGCUAGUUGUUGCUAGCUCUCCACGGUUUAAUGUGUUCGGACACGAUUUUGGUUGGGGUAAACCGAUUGCGGUUCGAGCUGGACCGGGUAUUGCUGGCCAUGGUAAAAUCCUUGUUUACCCGGGAACUGAACAAGGAAGCAUGGAGAUUCAUACGUCUUUAUGGUCUCACGUUUUGGAGAAAUUACUGGCUGAUGAAGAGUUUUUACAGCAUGUCGUUUGUAUGUGUUAA